AUGGGUUGCUGCCUCUCGGCGGCCGACGCCGGCGGCGAGCUGCACACCGUGUCCGGCACUCACCAGUUCACGAUCCGGGCUUACAGCCAGACCAAGGGCAUCGGCUCCGGCAAGUCCAUCCUCUCCCGCUACUUCACCGUCGACGGCCGCACGUGGUACGUCCGGUUCUACCCCGACGGCUACCACCCCAACUCGGUGUUCGUCGCCUUCUACCUGCAGACGCUCUACAAGCCGCACUGCCGCGCCGUCCGCGCCGGCUUCACCUUCCAGCUCCUCAAGCCCGACGGCACCGUCGCCUACUCGCGGCGCUCCGACCGGCCCUGCAGCUUCGACAGGCGCUGCAACAGCUGGGGCUUCCGCGUGUUCGUCACCCGCGAGGCCCUCGAGGGCCCGGAGCUGGGCGUCCUCCACGAGGACUCCAUCAAGGUGCGCUGCACCGUGGAUGUCGUGAACAGCUGCUGGAAGAACCGCGGCGGCGGCGGCGAUGAUCGUUGGGCCAGCGUCGCCGGCGGUGCGAUGGCGCCCCAGUCGGACUUCGCCGCGAACGCCAUGCGGUUCCUCAAGAGCGGCAGGGCGCCGUUCGACGUCAAGUUCUCCGUGGGCGGCAGGGUCUUCGAGGCGCACGGGCUGGUGGUCGCGGCGCAGUCCGAGUGGUUCGCGACGGCGCUCUACGGGCACGGCGGGGAGGAGAGGUGGGCGGAGGCGGGGCUCCCGUGCGUGGCCAUCUCGGGCACGAGCCCGGAGGCGUUCGAGGGCGUGCUCCACUACAUCUACCACGACGAGCUGCCGGAGGAGCUGAUCAAGGCCCACGGCGAGGCCGCCAUGACGCGGCAGCUGUUCGAGGCCGCGGACAUGUUCCUCAUCGAGAGGAUGAAGCAGAUGUGCGCGGGCCGGUUGCGCCGCUUCAUCAAGGAUGACACGGUGCGGGGCAUCAUGGACCUGGCGCAGGCGCACUCCUGCAAGGAGCUCGAGCAGGCCUGCCGCACUUUCUUGGGCCGCCGUAGGCCUUAG